AUUUCGUGUUCGAAACUAAAAACUAAGCUUUAUCAUCUCUGGCUUACCAGAUGAGUUGAAGCCGCCUACAUUCAUUUUCUUUAUCCAAGGUGCAAACUAAAGAUUUGACAACCAAAAUAAUUACUGGGUGUUGGGGACGUUCUUAAUAUGGAGUGGGUAUUCUGGUGUUUGGCGGCUGUCUGUGCUGGUUUAAUUUUGUUUUUGCUCAAGAUUGCAACAACGAUAUGGUGGAAGCCUCUGCAACUGAAAAAGAGCUUUGAAGCCCAAGGAAUCAGAGGCCCUCCAUACAGCCUAUUCUAUGGGAGUACCACAGAUAUAUCCAGAAUGAUGGAUGAGCAGAAGUCCAAACCCAUGCCACUCUCACAUGACAUACUCCCUCGAGUUCUUCCCCAUUUUCAUGAGUGGACCAAAACCUAUGGUCAGGAUUUUAUUUUCUGGUUUGGCCCUCAACCCAGGUUGGUUGUUCCCCACCCUGAGCUUAUCAAGGAGAUAUGUUCCACUAAAUUUGGCAGCUAUAGAAAGCUUCUUCCGUCUAGUAAUCCCCUUUCAAGACAGCUGCUUGGACAGGGACUUACAGGGUUGACAGGUGAGAAAUGGGCUCAGCACAGGAAAAUCAUCAAUCCUGCUUUCCAUAUGAAUCUCUUGAAGGGUAUGAUUCCAACAAUUGCGAAAAGCAGUGCCAGUAUGUUGGAUGAAUGGAGUAAAUUGGUAUUGUCAGGUGCGUCGGAAAUUGAUGUGCAAAAGGAGUUCCGCGAUCUUACAGCAGAUAUCAUUGCCCGCACAGCAUUUGGUAGCAGCUUUACAGAGGGAAAAGAUAUAUUUGAUAUGCAGGCCAAACAGAUGAUUCUUAUAUCUGAAUUAUUUCGCACUGUUUACAUUCCAGGUUUCAGGUUUCUGCCUACUACAAAGAAUAGGCAACUUUGGAAUUUGGAGAAAGAAAUAAGAAGAUCCUUAAGACAAGUUAUAGAUGCCAGGGAAAAGACAGCUGAGAUGGAAAAAACAGGUGGCUAUGGUGCCGAUCUGCUUGGUUUAAUGAUGUCUCAGAGCAAGGAGCAGGGGAGAGGCAAUGUAAAAAGUAAUGGAAGCCUGAGUACAGAGGAAAUCAUUGAUGAAUGUAAGACUUUCUACUUAGCCGGUCAUGAAACAACAUCAGUACUCUUGACAUGGACUAUAAUACUGUUGGGCACACAUCAAGAUUGGCAAGAGCAAGGUCGCAGAGAGGUGCUGCAAGUAUGUGGAAAAAACAAUUACCCAGAUGCAGACUGCUUAAAUCACCUCAAAAUUGUGGGAAUGAUCAUAAAUGAGGCCUUCAGACUUUAUCCACCUGUAGUGUAUCUAUUGCGACAGGCAUGUGAGCCAACGAAACUUGGAAGGCUCUCAAUUCCUGCAGGCACUCAACUUGUGCUUUCGAUCCUUGCAAUGCACCAUGAUCCUGCUUUGUGGGGAAAUGAUGCCAAAGAUUUCAACCCAGGGCGAUUUAGUGAAGGAAUUGCAAAGGCUGCAAAACAUCCAAUGGCAUUCAUGCCCUUUGGAACAGGUCCAACUAUAUGUGUGGGUCAGAAUUUUGCCAUGUUGGAAGCAAAACUAGUGCUGGCCAUGAUUCUGCAAAAAUUUUCUUUUGUCACCUCACCUUCUUAUGCUCAUGCUCCUGUCAUUUUAGGAACUCUACGACCUCAAUACGGAGCUCAGGUUAUCCUCCACAUGGACUAGUAUCUGAGAACAAUACUACCUAGAAACUCCUCUACUAUUCAUAUUUUGACUGCCAGUAUAAAUCUGAUAUAGUAUUAAUCUAUCACCAAACCUCAAUAAUGCAGAUGUCAAAUAGUAUGUCAAUUAAGAGUGCUGGGAUUAAUCUUAUUCUCUCGACAUGUUGUAAUACUCGCAUGUUACAACUAGUUUUUGAGAAGGAAAAAGAGAGGAUGAAAUCUUAUUGACCUCAUGAAUUAUAAAUCUUAAUG